GACCCCUGGGCAUAUCAAGAACAACCUCAUUACCAAGAAGAAUUUCUCCCACAACCAGAAGGGCCAUCGGCGCUGGAGUUACCCAUGGCGGCCUUCACGUGCCAUUCUGCAGAGCCAUGCUACACUCCACAGCCAGAUCCAAACUAUGAAUUGAGGCUUCUCAUGGAGCAGUUUGCUCGAGACUGUGAGAGAACAUGCUCCAGGAUGGAUCAUUGUGUCCAGGCCUAUCGUGAAACAAAGGAGAUCCUCCUGAGCCUUAAGAAGAGCGUCGAUGAUCUUGAGCGAUCUUGGGCACAACCUGAUCCAGAUCACCCUUCUGCUACCAUACUAGAAGAGGAGGAGGAAGAAGAAGGCUACAAGGACAUUGUGGAGCACACUAAAGAUGUCAUGGAGAGCUCCCGUUAUUAUCAUGACCAGGAAUGUCCUGUAAUAGCCGACCACACCUUCCCACAUCCCAAACUGAGCUUUGAAGAGGCGGGCAUGAGUGAGGAGAUGCAAGAAGAUCUCAUGAAAGAAAUUGCUUGGCAGCUUGCUCUCCAAUCCGUGCUAGAAGAAGAAGAGAAAGAAAGGGUGCAGAAAGAAGUUGUGGAGGAUGCCGAAAGUGAAGCAGAAGGAGUUCUUGAUCAUUUCCCAGGGGUGGUACCUCAUGAAGAAGAAAGAGAGGUUGAAGAAGGAAUUGGCGUCCAGGCUGAGGACGAAGUUGAGGUGGAAGAGGCUUGCACCGGCCAUGAGUUGCAGGUGAUAUCUCCACCGAAUUUCGAGGAACUGCUUAGCAAGGACCCAUUUGCAGUGUCUCUUUGCCAGACCAAGGCCACAUCGACAUGGGUCCCUCUUGGUGGACGCGAUGGUGGUCAAUCGAUGUUGUCAUAUCUGGUUUGGGGCAAUGAGACGAGAGAAGAGAGGAAGAGGUCACGAGGGUGGAGACUUCAUCUGCAUCAAGUGCACGAGCUUCCAUCACCUGUCAUACCACAUGCUCGUGACUUAAUACUCCACCUCAUUGACGAGAACCUCAACUUCAAGGAGGUUUUGGGGUGGACCAAAACUUAGGAGCCAUCGUCCGGCUCACGACUUGAAAGAAGCGCUUGUUGGGAGGCAACCCAACCAGUCGGUUUGCAUUUCUUUUCCUAUUUCUCUUCGGUUGAGUCAGUUUUGUUCUUUGGUUUUAGAGUUAAUAACUCAACCUUUGUGAGAUUUUAUGUGGUGUUUGUGUUCUAACUACUCUCUCCUCCUGGAAUACACCGCCUGCCCCGUCCACCAUCAUUCACCCUGGAUCUGGUAACUUCGUUCUACCCUCCUUAUCUUUCCUCAAUUGAGGACAAUGUCGUGCUUAAGUGUGGGGGGAUGUUCGAUUAUGUAUGCGGGUGAAUGUUUGGCUGUUCGUGUGCUUGGAGCCUAGUCCACUGUCCAAAUUUUUAAAUUUGAGGGCUCCAAGUACGUGUUUCCUUGCAAAUUGCCUGCUCAGUAUGCUUUGAAUUGACAGUCUCUAUAGUAAUGUGCAACCUAGGGAGGUAGUGUAGCACUAUGGAGGAUGUUGAAGUAUAAGUUUUUUCCUAUCUAGCUCUCUGCUGUGCCAGUUGAUUUUGUGAAUUAGUUGAGCUAAGACCGUUGAAUUCAUGUGGUAAUGGUGACUAUGUUUGGAUUGGGUUAUGGACUCGUGUAUGGAACAGGGUGCUCAUGUGAAAUGAAAUGCAGUUGGUCCUCCAUGUCGUAAUCAUCCAAAUCUUAAACAUGGGGUAAGCCCAACGUGUGCGGCACCGUUCAUUGCACAAAAUCGGGUUUUGGAAGAGAUUUUAGUGAUCCUUAGUAGGGUACUCCUACAAGGUGAAGCUAAGUUGUCUCUAGUACAAGUAAAACUUCCACCCGUUGAACGGUUUGCCUACUAGAGGAUGUGUUUUUAAGGGCACGGAUAGAGCUUCCGACCCCCAUUAAUUUCAUUGACCUUCCACCCGAGUUGAGGAAAAGGAGUUAAAAGAAGUACUCUGGUGAGCGCCAGGUGUACAGAAAUUGCUCUUGCUCGACUAAUAAGGGUCGACCGUGCAAAAGACUGCAGUUGGAACCCCCGCCAAGUGAAUGAAAUAAGAAAAAAAAU